AUGGACCGAGGUAGUCCCAACCAAACGCCUGGCGAGCCCGAUGAGGUGGACCUUUAUGCUCUCCAACACCACCCGGAUAAGGUGCCCGAGGAACGCAGAACAGAAUCUGAAGCUAAGUUUAAAGCGGUCACGCAAGCCUAUGAGAUUCUACGGGAUGAGGAAAAGCGGCAACUUUACGACCAGUAUGGCAUGGCUGCUUUCGACCCGUCCCGCGGAGGCCCUAGUGACGCUGGGGUGGAUCUGAAUGACAUGUUGGCACAGAUGUUCGGCAUGAAUGUUGGCAGUUCCGGUGGUGGUAAAAGACGUCCGCGUAAAGGACGUAGCGAGGAGCAACAGUACAAGGUCACUUUGGAAGAGCUCUACAAAGGAAAAACUGUCAAAUUCGCAGCGAACAAGCGCAUCACCUGCACACAGUGUAAGGGGACAGGCGCAAAGGACAAGGUGAAGCCACAGCAGUGUGAUCGUUGCAAAGGCGCGGGCGUGCGAGAAGCCUUCCGCCAGGUCGGCCCAGGUCUCAUACAGCAAGAGAUGCUACCCUGCGAUCAUUGCCAGGGCUCUGGCAUGUACUAUAAAGAGAAGGACCGCUGUAAGAAGUGCAAGGGCGCAAGAACCGUGGAGGAGACCAAGGCACUUGAGAUUUACAUCCCCCGGGGUUCCAUGCAGGGGGAGCGCAUUGUACUCGAAGGCGAAGCGGACCAGUUUCCCGAUCAGCUGCCCGGUGAUAUUGUUUUCACCCUGGUGCAGGAACCGCAUGAAAUAUUCUCUCGCGAUGGCAACGACUUACUGGCAGAAUUGAAGGUCACCCUAUCAGAGGCUCUAACCGGGUUUUCUCGGGUCGUUUUACGGCAUCUCGACGGCAGGGGAAUCUACAUCAAUCAUCCACAAGGAAAGAUUCUCCGACCAACAGAAAUUAUUAAGGUGGCCGGAGAAGGCAUGCCACUGAAACGUGGCGAGCUUAAGGGAGACCUGUACCUAAGCGUGAAGAUCGGGUUUCCUGAAGAUGGCUGGCUUCAGAAAGAUUCUGAGUAUGAGGCUUUGCGGAAGCUAUUGCCCUCUCCAACUCCUCCUAUUUCUGCCAGCGAGGUAGCUGAGGUAGAUGAGGUCGAGUAUGAAGCCAAUGCCGACAUUGAACAGAUGGGUGGGCGUUCUAGUGACCCUCGAUUUGGCGGUGAAUGGGAAGAUGCCGACGAUGAUGAGCAGAGUGCACCGCAGUGUGCGACCCAAUAG